UACUCCAUCUUCUAUAAGAUCAAACAAAUCUCAUCGUUCAUAAGCAAGAACCCAACAACUAUAUAGUAGUACAAACAAAAGAAAAAUGGAGGCAGAGAAGAUACCACCGGCGACGACAACGACGGAGAAGAAACCUGAGCAAGAAGUGAAAAACGACGACUUGCCGACAAACAGUCCUUACGUGGACGAAUCUGGUAGCUUGGAAGAUUAUAAGAUGAAAGCUUAUGGAGCCCAAGGCCACCAAGAGGUUAAGGCUGGCCUCGGUGGUGGAUCUACCGAUGCUCCUACUCCUUCAGGUGGAGUAACCACUGCUACUGCUGAGAAAGCUCCUUGAAAGCUUUAAAAAUUGUAAUAAUGGGUUUCUUGGAUCGUCGAGAAAUGUACCAAGAUUUGUAGCCACUUUAUCCAAAUAAUAACUUAUCCCAGUUUCGUUGGUAAGGGUUAUGUAUUUUAACUAAAAUGUAAUUGCAUGUAUUACUAUAAUUUCCAAGUCUCAUAAGCUGAAAUAAAUAUUAUCAUAUGUUACUUACGAAAUGUUUGUAACGAUUAUGUAUCUAAUACGAUCUUAUUUCCGGUUCAA